AUGGCGAACGUACAUACGCUGAAUGAGAUAAAUAAUGGAGCACCCUUAGUAUCUGGCAAUAAACUUGGAGAUUCGCCAUUUAAUCGAUAUCCAUCUAGCCGAACUGAGCUUGAGAACCAAGUUACUUGUUUAAAAUAUGAUCUAGAUAUUGCUUUAAGCUCAGGUAUUCAGCUUGGCACUAGAAAUAGUCUCCUGAUAAAAAAUAACGAAAGUUUUUCAAAGCGUGUAUGCCAGCUUGAAGAUGAGUUGACGCAGUCAAGGCAAAACGUUGAGCUAAAGAAUGUUGACUUAGAUCUGAAGGAAGACGAAUUAAGCGAAAAAAAGGGUGAAUUAAUGCGGUUGAGGGAUGAAUUAACCUCAACACGAAUAGAAUUGAUAAAUAAUAAAGAAGAAUUAAUGCAGAUGAGAGAUAAUUUGUCCUCAGUACAAAAAACAUUAUCCGAGAAAGAGAUCCUCCUUCAAGAAGCUAAUGAUUGUUUAGCCGAGCAGAUCCCAAAAACAUCCAGCGAGUCUGAAGUGCUUGGAGACGUUAAAGGACUGGAGAAAGGUAACGAAAUCACUAGCCCCGAAAUUACCUUAUUCCUCAUUUUUUCAGCAUGCAAUCAUCUUCAUAAUAGUAUUACUAAUCAUAUACAUCUUGUGGUGCGUUAUGCAUUUCCAAUCCGAUACGCAGAAGAACCAAAAGACAGGACUACCUCCUAUGAAACUUUACCUUAUGGAUAUGGAUGA